AUGUUUGAACGCUUCCCCGUUGCUUCUGUCGACAUGCGGAACCCGUUCUUGGUCGUGCGCUUUGCGCUCUUUGUCACCGGCGCCCCAGCAUUCACGAUCGUCAAUGCAUGCUUCUUGAUCACUCUCGUCUCUGGCUGCGUCGCCUCUUCGUGGUUUUCAAGGCUGCCUCUUGACCAGGUCCGGAUAGAGUGUGCUUGGACUCUUGUCAUGUCCACACUCUUCCUCGCGAGCUGCUUCGACAUCACUGUCAAUGGACCUCCCGCUCUGUGCCAGGGAAGCAGUGUCCCUGCUUGCGCCUCAUCGUCCCUCGUCACCGCACUCUCAUGGAUGUCAUGCCUCCUCUUGCUUUUGUACGCUUUCUCCCUUCUGACGGUCACCAUCACGCACAUGCACUUCAUCGAGGAUCUCUGGACGUUGCGCGUCCCCACCGUGGCCUGGUUCGUCCACCCGGAGGAUCCAUUGGACAGGAUGGAAGCCACCCGCGCCUGGGCGGCGAAAGUCGAGGUCCCCGACGACGUCGUGCACAUCAAGCACGCCACGCCUAUCUUCGCGCAGCACACCAAGUCCACGCCCAUCUCGCCGCGCUCCCCGCACGUCGAGCUCGAAGGCGAGGAGCUGGCCCCGCCCAAGUUCCCCAUCGCACCCGUCUCCCCCCUCUGGCCCGCCCGUCCGUCCGCCCCAGAACCGACCGAGCCCGCGCUCCCCGCGCCGCCGUCCCCCGCGGAGCAGGAGAAGCGCGACGAGGUCGAGCGCCGCACGACGUGGACGUCCCGCCUCGCCGCGCUCCCGCACAAGCCGAGCUGCGAGAGCAUGCGCCCCGGCUGGGCCAAGCGCGCCCAGCCCGCGCGUCGCGGCGUCGACUCCCCCUUCGCCGCCCCGCACCCGCCGCCGUCGUUCACGCUCCCCCGCUUCUCGUUCUCGCUCAAGCCCGCCGCGCCCGUCGCGCUCCCCGCGAUCCGCCCGCUCAAGCUCAAGUCGCACUGGAGCCAGUCGCCGCCGCCGGUGCCCGCGCUCCCCGCGAAGGCGCGCGUCGCGCCGCCGAGGCUCGACGCGCAGCACGGCUCGCCGACGAGCACGUUCUACAUCGACCUCGAGCGCGACGCGGUCGUCCCCUUCGGCGCCGCGCGCCCGAUCUCGUACGGGAUGUUCCCCGAGGACGUCGUCGACCCGGACCAGCCCGUGACGCGCGCGGUGCGCUCGCAGUGGGUGCGCGCGGACAGCGACACGUCGUCUGAGCGCUGA